AUGUUAGAAAAUCCUGUUCAGAAAUUAAAGAGAAAAUUGGGAGACUUUUAUAGGGUGAAUCCUCAUCUGAAAAAUGUGGAAAAACCUUUGGAUAAAACGCAAUCUUCUUCUGAUGAGGAAAUGGUGUUAAAUAAUAAUAACAAGGCUCACUCUACAACAACAAGUAAUAAUAAUUCUAGUACAAAUAAUUCUAAAUUAAAUAAUAUUAAUAAUAAUAAUAAUAAUAAUAAUACCAAAUUAAAUAAGAGUGAUAGUAAAUUAAAUGAUAAUAAUAAGAAUAACAAAGAAGUAAAUAAUAGCAAGGGAGGAAAAUUAUUUAAAAAAGAAAAUAUAAAAACAGAGAUUAUAUCCGAUAGUAGUAGUAGCAGUGAUUCACCAUCAUCAUCAUCUCAUAAAAAUGUGGAAAAGAAAGUUGAAAAACCAAAAAAGAUUGCUGGAAAAUUAUUCAAGAAAUCAUUUUCAUCAAGUGAUGAGGAUAUGCACUCUUCUUCAACAGAUUCCGAUGAUUCUGCUAGUAAAGUUAAAUCAAAAACCAAAGAAUUGGUUUCUCACAUUCAUCAAUCCAAUGAUGAGAGUAUAACAUUUAAAACUACUCAAGUUUCAAAAGCACAAGUUGAAAGUUUACUGAAAAACAUUAAGAAUGAUCUGAAAGAAGCAAAAACAAACUCAUCUCAACAAGUCUAUUUGGUCAAUUCACUAAUGAGAGAUGAAAAGUUAGCUUUCCAAAGAAAUAUUGAUGUAAAUUUACUCACUCUAGAAAAUGAUUGGUUUGAUUUCAAGCCUCUUUUCCCAUUUUUCUUUAUACCAAAAUAUAAUAAUUAUGAUUAUCUAGUUUCCCAACUGGGUCUAUUCAGAUUAGUUGAUAACACUCAAAAUAUUACAUAUAAUUUGAAUUUGAAUGGAUUGCUUGUAAACUUUAAUAAUUUAUUGGAAUCAAAUACGUUUAAAUAUUAUGGUACCUAUAGAGAACAACGUCCAAUUUCAGUAUUGGAUUCGAUUACAAUUUUUGUAAAAAUAACCUUUUUGGAGAUUGAUUUUAAGACAAUAGCUUUCGAACUUGUACCUUACCAUACCAUUCAUGUAAAGAAUAAUAGAGUAUCUGAUAAUUCUGGAAAAUUAUUACCAACACAAAUUUCAACAUCGUUUUCUAGGUCCAUUCAUUCCAAUCUAUUCAAACAACAUUUGAACUCUAAUACUAGUUAUGGAAUUAAAGUAUCCUUCCACUUAAAAUCUGAUCACAUUUCAGAAGUUCACAAGGGAAGUUUAGGAUUAUCAUGGGAAGAUGAUGGUGAAUUGAGUCUUAUUAUGAAUAAUUGUUAA